AUGGGAGACAGUGAGAGACCUGAUCAACCUAUCUCAGCAGGGAGAAAAGUAUUUAGAAAGAGAAGACGACCUAGUCAACCACUGGUAGAUCAAUCCUUGCAAACUGAAACUAAAGAAAAUAACGACAUCCCCUUAGCACACUCAUCUUACACUAAAAGUACUGUUAAUAAUAAUAAUAUCCCUGGAAGCAAAUUUAAAAUUGAAUCGAAUAACCUGUCUUCUCAAAUUCAAAAAAAAUGGAGAAAAAGAAAUUAUAAACAGGAAAAGGUUGAUGCAUCUCAGCAGACAGACCAAAAGAAAGAAAAGAAAGAAGUUGUGUCAGUUGGUAAGACACUGGUACCCGAAGAGAAGACAGUUGCUCUUGGAAAAGCAUCUCAAGAAUAUUUAGAGAGCACUCAUAAAAUAGAAAGGAUACAGUCAAUACAACUUAGAAGAGACAUAUCUCAACAGACUAGUUACACUCUGCUAUGGACAAUGAUUUGCUAUCCUCACAUAGAAAAACAGGACAAGGGACAGCAAACACUUUCUACUGAAUCAGUACUUGAGAUGAUUGGCACACCAUCUAAUUUUUCAAGGUCAAAUGAAGAUAUGAAGAAAUCUUUGGGCACAGCUUUUAUUAGUGAAAAUCCUGAGUUUCAAGGAGCAACAAGAAUCAGUGAAGGUAUUAGUCAUGGAAGCAUUAUGAGAUCAUCAUUUAGUAAACAAACCAGAAAAGAUGCUCAAUUAUUUUUAGGAGAUGAGCAAGAUACAUCAAUUAAAGCACAAUAUUCUGCUCCAGAAGAGAAAUAUGAAUCAGAAAACAUAACCGUAGUUUCAGAAGUGGCUGAAUUCCAGCCACCAUUAGCUGAGGAGGCACUUAAGAAAGAGGUCCAUGAUAAAAUAGAGCCAACCUCUUUUGAAGUUCAGCAUCUAUCAACUGAGGAACCUCCAGUACAAGAGUCUCUUCAGCUCUCACCAUCAAUGGAUGAGGAAGCCCAUGAUAAAGUUCAGUCUCCAGUAACUAAAGAGACACGUGAAAUGGUUCAGGCUACACCACCUGAAGGAGGCAUAUUUGAAUUUCAGCCUUCAGAAACUGCGGAGGACUCUGCUAAAAAAUCAUAUGAAGCAUCUCUGGAUGAAAAUAUGUCUCUAGAAAAUUCAGGAGAACAGAACUCUGAUCUAUUUGAAGAAAAAACCCCAAUUGAACUCCAGUUUCUAACAGCAGAACACAGUACUGAAUUUCAGUUGAAAUCACCUGAAGAAACUCUAUCUGAAGAUCAAUCUCUAGAAGAUGAAAAAAAUGUAGCAGAACUUUAUCGGUCUGAAGAGACAUCCCCAGUUGAAUUUCAACCUCCGGCAGCUGAGGAGAACUCUGGUGAAGCUCAAUCUAUCCCAACUGAAGAAAGUUUAUCUGAUGAUCUGUCUCUAGAAGAUGAGAAGGGUGCAGCAGAACUCCCGUCUCAACCAUCUGAAGAGAAAUCCCCAGUUGAAUUCCAGCCUCCAGCAGCUGAGGAGAAUUCUGGUGAUGCUCCAUCAACCCCAAUUGAAGAAAGUUUAUCUGAAGAUCUGUCGCUAGGAGAUGAGAAAGGUGCAGCAGGACUCCAGUCUCAACCAUCUGAAGAGAAAUCUCCAGUUGAAUUUCAGCCUCCGGCAGCUGAAGAGAACUCUGGUGAAGCUCAAUCUAUCCCAACUGAAAAAAGUUCAUCUGCUGAUCUGUCUCUAGAAGAUGAGAAGGGUGCAGCAGAACUCCCAUCUCAACCAUCUGAAGAGAAAUCUCCAGUUAAACUUCAGCCUCCAGCAGCUGAGGAGAACUCUAGUGAAGUUCAGUAUGUACCAACUGAAGGAACUCCAGAAGAUCUGGAUCUAGAUGAUAAUAAGGGUGCAGCAGAACUUCAGGCUCAAUCAUCUGAAGAGAAACCCCCAGUUGAACUUCAGCCUCCAGCAGCUGAGGAGGAUUCUGGUGAAGUUCAGUUUAUCCCAACUGAAGAAACUUCAUAUGAAGAGCUGUCUCAAGAAGACGAGAAGAAUGCAGCAGAGCAUCAAUAUCAACCAUCUGAAAAGAAAUAUCCAGUUGAAUUUCAGCCUCCAGCAGAGGAGGAGAACUCUGGGGAAGCUCAAUAUAUAACAACUGAAGAAACUCCAGAAGAUCUGUAUCUGGAUGUUGAGAAGGGUGCAAUAGAACUCCAGUCUCAACCAUCUGAAGAGAAAUCCCCAGUUGAAUUCCAGCCUCCAGCAGCUGAGGAGAAUUCUGGUGAUGCUCCAUCAACCCCAAUUGAAGAAAGUUCAUCUGAAGAUCUGUCGCUAGGAGAUGAGAAGGGUGCAGCAGAACUCCGGUCUCAACCUUCUGAAGAGAAAUCUCCAGUUAAAUUUCAGCCUCCAGCAGCUGAGGAGGACUCUGGUGAGGUUCAGUCCCUCCCAAGUGAAAUCAAUUCAUCUGAAAUUCUGUCUCUAGAAUAUGAAAUUUAA